AAGGUGGGGGAGGGGAAGGAGUGAAGGAGCGAAGGGGUACCAGCUGUCCUCACCUCGCCGUGGCCGCCAAAACAUUCCUCAGGCUCCUCUGUCCCACCAUGGCCUCGCAGGAGCUCCUCACCAGGCUGGAGCAGAAGGCGGUGCAGGCUGAGCAGAUGAUAGACCUACUCAGCCAGCAGAUCAGACAGCUGCAGGCGGCGGCGGCAGACUCACAGAAGGAGCAGCUGAGGAAGGAGAACCAGGAGCUGCGCCUUGAAGUGGACCGCCUCAAGGAAACCCUGGUGGCUCUGGAGAAGACUCAGGGAAUACAGCAGCAUUAUGACUUCACCAAAUCCACAGCAGGGCAUGGUAUCAACGGCCCCACGCAGACACCAGCCCCUGCAGCAGUACAGCCGGCACCAGCCCCUGCAGCAGCACCACCACAGCAGAAGGCAGAGAAGGAGAAGGUGAACAAGAAGGCAGAGAAGAAGGAAAAGAAGAAGGCAGAGGGAGGGGAGAAGAAGGGAGAGAAGAAAGCUGAGGAGGAGGCGCCCGUGGAUGUGUCUCGCUUGGAUUUCAGAGUGGGUAGGAUUGUGACAGCAGAGAAACACCCGGAUGCUGAUGCUCUCUAUGUGGAACAGGUGGACAUUGGGGAGGAGAAGAAGAGGACAGUGGUGUCCGGCUUGGUGAGGUUCAUCCCGGUAGAGGAGAUGCAAAACAGAAUGGCUGUCUUACUGUGCAACCUUAAACCGGCCAAGAUGCGCGGCGUGACCUCAGAGGCCAUGGUGAUGUGCGCUUCCACCCCAGAGAAGGUGGAGAUCCUGGCACCACCCGAGGGCAGCCAGCCUGGCGACCUCGUGGAGUUUGAGGGCUUUACACGCCACCCCGACCCCGUCCUCAAUCCCAAGAAGAAAAUAUUUGAGACUUGUGCGCCGGACCUCAAGACCAAUGCAGACAAGGUGGCGGUGUACAAGGGCGUGCCAUUCACUGUGCCGGGGAAGGGCGUGGUGAAGGCACAGACUCUCGGCAAUGUUCAAGUCAAGUAAUGAAUAACAAAAUAGUUCCGCCCGCCAUCACAUUGCAGCUUCUCCGUUUUCUUUGCUGGGUUGCAAGAUUUUAUGGCUGGACUUGACUUCCAAGUUAUUUUUGGCUUUGUUCAGAAUGAUUUAGCUGUUUGCUAUUUCUAUCUUUAUAGGGGAACUUGUGAAGCAAUAAACAUUGCUUAAUUUUGAAA